AAGUGACAAAGUUAGUGGGACAUCCAAAAAGGAAAAUUGACAAAGUUUUAAGGGAAGGGGGGAGUAUAUGAAAUACAACAAUACUUGUUCACAAGAUCAUACUUAGAUAAUAACAAAAUACAUACGUAGUAUAAAACAAAUCACACCCGACCAGAAAUCAAGUCGAAUUAAAACAUGAAAUAAUGGCAUGAAUAUAACUCUUGGGCUUUUAAGAGACAUAAUUGUGACCAAAAAUUGAAUGGACAAAAAAGUGAGCAGCGCACUUCUCCCGUCUUCUUCUCCAGCGCCGCUCCCAAAUGCACAUAGAUUUCUUCUCUUCUUCUUCUCUGUGAUUUUCUGCCCCCCCCCCCCCCCCCCCCCCCCCCCCCCUCCGCCACAAUGGCCGCCACCUCUUUGCCGCGCCGCGCUUCCCAUCGCAUCACCUCUCCACCAACUCCUUCGCAUCGCAUUGUUGCGCCUCGCUCAGAUCCGGGGGAUGGCAGCGACUAGGGUUCAACGGCGAGUGGGUGGGGCAGGGAUGUUGGAGGUGGGGUUUGGAGGGGUGGAUCGGGGUUGUGUGACUUGUGUCAUUCGGAGUUGUACCUGGAUCUGGGGGAGUGGGAUGGGGCUAGGACAGGGGCCAGUGCAAAGGAUCAUGGUGGUGGGGGUGGGCUAUCAGAGGUGGGGGAGGGGAGGGGUCGAUGGGGGCUGGAACUAGGGGAGUGCUCAGGGGUGGGAUAGAGGGCGGGGCUCGUGGUGCCGACCGCCGGAAAGGGAGGCAGCAGGUUACCUGCGAUGGCGAGAAGUGGUGGAGGUGGGAGGUCAGGUGGAGGUAUAAAAGCAGUGGGAACAUGGGUGGCGGUGUGGGGGUUGGGGUGUUGGAACAGGCCGAGUAUCGGUGUGAGGUUGGUGUGCCGGCUGAACGGCCGCAGUGCAGGCUACAGCGAUUUCACAGAUUGAAAACAGUUACAGUGACAUGUUUUUCGGUGACAUUGAGUCAGUGACAUUUAAAAGUGACAUACAAAUCUGGUAGUGACGACAUACGACACUGACAUAAAAAAUUUGACAGUUACAUAAAAAUUUCGCAAUGACAUUAAGUUUUUCAAAAAAUGUGACCUUCUGAGUCACUUUUUUGUCCUUUUAUAAAAAUGGUCACAUUUUUUGAAAUUGGCUUUAAUUUAGUAAUAUUCAAGGCAAAAAAGGGUUCAAGUCAAGUUAAAGUCAAUUCUCCUGCAGUAAUGUUUUUUUGUAUUAGAAAUAAAAAUUUGCAUACAGAGUAUUUAAAAAGAAAAAAAGGUUUUAUCCAAAUGUUGAUCUAGUUUGUGAAAGGUAGAAUUUUUUUUUCCAAAAAUGAUGUUUGUAUCCACUCUUAUAGAGUUAUACCUACUGUUAUACUCACUCAUGUUUGUGAAAGCUUUUUUUGUCUUUGAAUUUCGUUCACAGACAAUUUUUGUUUGUGCAAAAAUUUGCAGUCACAAAAUAACACUUAUUAUGUCCGUGAACCAGAUUCACGUACAAAGAAAACAUUUACACAUAGUGGUAUAAAGUGAGCAUGAUAGGUACAUUCUUCAUUUUUUUCUUUUGCUUCUCGAGAAGUAUUGGAAUACUACCAUCCUUAGCAUAGUAGUGAGUCUAGUGACAUAAGCUUGGGUGCCUGUCACUGCCUGAUUCCUUAUUUAUCAACGAGUUUUUGCCACUUUUGGUCCCCGAGUAUUGUAUUAGUGACAUUUUUGUUACACGGCUUUUAAUUUUUCCAUUUUUAGUCCUCGACUAUUGUUCGUGAGACACUUUUAAUCCUCUACUUUCAAGUUUCCUACAUUUAGUCCUUUGAGUAUUAUAAAAUUGACACUUUUAGUCCUUCUACUGUGAUUUUGACACACUUAGAGGACUAAAAAUGUCUCUAUUGCAACAGUUGAAGGACCAAAAGUGUCAUUUCCACAAAAGUCGAAUGACUAAAUACGUAAAAUUUUCAUAGACGAAUAUCAAAAGUGUCUCUCGCACAAUAGUCGAGGACUAAAUGUGGAAAAAUUAAAAAUAGGUACCAAAAAUGUCAACAUGCUUGGUAUAAGCUUCUUAUAAUAUCUUUUUUAGGUUUUUGCCCGGAUGAAGAAACUGCUACACAUUUGCAGGAGGGAUUUGAUUAAAGCGGGGCAAUGGGAGGAGAAACAAAUGAAGUUAGGGUUUCUGGUGAAGAAGAGAAGCUUGCGAUGAUCGGAGGUUCUGAAAAGGGCGUGGAGUUGGAUGCUCGUGAAGGGGAAACAGAAUCAGAUGAUGGGUGCGAUGAGGUGUCCAGUGGAAAAAGUGGAGAGGAUGAGUCGGAAGAGGAGACAAUGCCUUUUAGUUUCUUAGUGGACGAUGCUAAUUACGAAGAACUUGCAGAGAAGAAGAGAAAAGCCAUUGCGUCUGACCAAGAUGACAAACGGACUUCGAAGAAACAGAAGGGGGAGGUAGAGUUUCUAGGUGCUAGCAUGGAUGAAAUCAUGGAAGCCAUGAAUUACGGGUCUAGGAGGAAGUCAAGGAAGAAAAAGAGAAAAGGAAGGCGCAAAGGUUGUAGAAGCAACAUGGACCCUGAAGCCAGGAAAAUGUUAGGUGAGGCCACGCUGUGCUAUGCGACAGGGGAUUACGAGAGGGCCAUACAGUUGCUCAGUGAGUGUAUUAGGCGUAAUCCGAUGCACGAUGCUUAUCAUACGCUCGGCCUCGUCUACAACGCAAAGGGCGAUAAGAAAAGGGCCAUCUGUUAUUACAUGCUUGCCACACAAAGUGUAGACAGGCCAAAGGACACAUCCCUCUGGAAGUCGCUGCUUUCUUGGUUUUUAGAUCAAGGUAAAGCUGCUGCUGUUAAUUAUUACCUUCCCAAGGCCAUAGCUGCGGACCCCAAUGACAUCAUGCUUAAGUUCCUUGGCGCAUCACAUUACACUGAACUCAAAGAGUAUCAGAAAGCUGCAAAGCUGUAUGAACAGAUACACCACUUCAGACCCAAUGAUUCUGAAGUCUGCAUGGCAGCAGCUGAGCUUUAUAAGCAGUGUGGUAAGUUUGAAUCUUCGCUGCUUGCUCUUGAGAGUUAUCUCAGCCACUGCCCAACCCGUGGCGAUCCACGAAUCACUUUGAUGCUAACCAGCAUAUGCAUUGAGAACUGUGAGUAUUCUAGAGCUCUUCAACAUAUUCAAAAAAGGGAAGAUUGUUCCAGAAGAGAAUCUUCCUUUAGCGAUCUAAUAACAGCUAAGGCAGGAAUUUGCUACCUCCAUCUCGGAGAUCUAGAUAGCGCAAAAUCCUUUUUUGGGUCACUCCGUGUUGAGAAAGUAAAUGACCUUACGGAGUCAAUAAUUGAAAUUGCAGACACGUUCAAGAAGCUCGAUCAUCAUCAGUCUGCUUUGCAUUACUACUUGAUGUUGGAAAAAGAUUUAGGAUCAACCAGUGGAAAUCUGAAUUUAAAAAUCGCUGGAUGUUACUUGUCUCUAGAAAAGUGGGAUGAAGCAAUUGAAUCCUUCUACAAAGCUCUACCUUUGCUUGAACAUGGUGUUGAGACUCGGCUUACCUUAGCUUCACUACUUCUUGAGAGAGGUAGAGACGAAGAAGCCAUAUUUCUUCUUUCUCCCCCAAUUCCAGAGUUUGGAUUGAAAACCAUUUUUAACAAUAACAACAUCAACAAUAACAACAAUACACAUAGUGAUGAAUGGUGGAAUGAUGUGGAAGUGCAACUUAAGCUUUCCAACAUCUACCGAGCGAAAGAUAUGAUUGGAGAAUUUGUUGACGCAUUUUAUCCCUUGGUUUGUCGGGCUUUUACCUUUGAACCUCCAAAAAUGGCAGCUAAGAACAAAAAGCUCCCUGAGAGAGUGCAUCAAGAAAGAGCCAAAAUGUUAUACGCUGAUCAAACCAACGAUCUAGUCCUAGGUUUUAAACCUGUGGCUAAUGUAGAGGAUAGACAAAAGGCCAUGAGAGCAAAGAGGGUACUCGAGAAGAGAUCUUCAUUGAAUGAUGAAAAGAAAAGACGAUCUCUAGCCGCUGGUAUGGAUUUGACGGGUGAAGAUUCAGAUGCAGGCUCAGAUUCAGAAUCUCGGGUACCGCUGCACAAGAAGAAAUCUCCAAGACCCAAACUCCUAAAAGACACAGAGAAUCAUCAACUUUUUGUGGACUUGGCCAAAGCUCUUGCAUCUCUAGGAAGAUACGAAGAGGCAUUUGACGUUUGCAUACUUACGCUCAGAUUUGCUUCCAACAUAUUGUCAGAUGAAAGAAGGGAAAGUAUUACAACCGUCGCUGUCCAGGUGGCAUGUGAAGUCCAAGACACAAUGCGCAGCUGCAAGUUCCUGAAGUCUAUCCUUCUUAAACACCCUUCUAAAAUGGAAACAUGGGGUUACUACUAUAAAGCACUAUCAAAAGUAGACAAGACCCUCCCCUCAAGCAAAAGAAAAAAACGCAUUCACAGUCAACGGACAGAUUGUGUCCCGUCUAUCAUUGUCGAAGGCCAUAAGUUUGGCAACAUCCAUCAGUACCAAGUAGCAGCUAGGAAGUACCUGGAAGCUUGCAAACUUCAACCCAGUUGCCCUUUAAUUAAUCUUUGCGCAGGAACUGUGUUGAUUAACUUAGCAUCAGAUAUUAGGCUGAAGAGUAAGCAUGAAUGUGUGUUACAAGGGCUGGCUUUUCUGUACAACAAUUUGAGGCUAUCUGAGAAGGAGAGCGAUAUCCGCCAAGAAGCCUUGUACAACAUAGCACGUGCAUAUCAGCUUGUGGGGCUCGUCACUAUUGCAGCUUCUUACUAUGAAGAGGUGCUAAGGACUCCUGUGAAGGAUUGCCCGUUUCCAAGGUUUGGAUAUGAUGAAAGUCAGCAGCAUGCACACCGAACCGAAAAGCCGGCCGGUUAUUGCAACCUUCGUAGGGAAGCAGCAUACAACCUUCACCAUAUUUAUAAGGCAAGCGGGGCUUUGGACCUAGCUAGACAGCUUUUGAAGGAUUAUUGCACUGUGUAAGGUUAUUUUUCUUUUCCCUGCUACUAUCAAUGCUUGCUUUCAAUUAUAUUUUAAUCUUAUCAGUAUAUAUGUUAUCAUUCCGUUUUUCUAUUGCAAACCAUAGUUUCCAGUGUUAAUACUCUGAUGUCUUGUUAUACAUGAAAUGAAGCCCAAUCCAAGUAGACCCUUGUAACUUACUUCAUUUUACCAGUGAGAUAUCUUUAGCUUAACCGUGUUCUGCUAUGUGUUGUUUUGUUAGUAAUUUCAUGGCCGUUGCUACCUCAUUUUUGUUCCUCUUUCUUAGGACCGAAUAAAAUCAGUGUUACAUUUUUAAUUCUCCUCUGUUUUAUUCAUUUAUUGUGAUUCCAAAGUUAGCUUGGGAACCUUAGCAUUGUUUGCAAUAUUAGUUAUAUCUUUAGGAUGUCAUAGGAUUGCAGCACUGUCAUGGACUUCUGAUAGGAUUGCAUUGCUUUAUUUUAUAUUUCAUCGUGUCUCUUCUAUAUAGGAUUGCGUUGAUUUACUCUGAAGAUUUACAUUGCGUUGAUUUCAAUCCUUUAUGUUAUAGGAUUGCAUUGUGUUGAUUUACAUUGCGUUGAUUUCAAUCAUUCUGGUCUGAUCUCAAUCUUUCUAGCAUCCUUGGGUGUAUUUUUACCCCGUCUAAUGUUCUUGGCUGCAAGAUGACAGCUAGUCUAUUUUUUUAGUCUGGUUAGAUGUGAAUCUUUCCAGUCUUUCUUGGUAUGAUGUUCUUGUUUUUUUAGACUAAAAUAAGGAAGCUAUAAGCAGAAAAAUCAGGUUGAACAAAACUAUAUGUUUUUAUUAUAGCAUGUCAGCACUGAAGUAUCAAUGAAGUCAAGGAAACAUACAAAACAAUUGUUAGAACAAAAUGAAAAUAAAAAGAAAUCAGAUAUAUAAAAUAAAAUUGGGGGAAAAAUGUGCUUUAUCCUUCCCAGUUCCCAUUAUGUAAAAUUGUUAGAACCUCCAGAAAUUCAGAAGAUUUAUGGAAAGAUUAACAAGAAAAACUGAUGAAAACUUAUUUGAUGAAGAAGAUCGGUUACACAGAGAAGCAGUAACAAAGGCCGAAGCCUCCCAAAAGAGAAGAGAAUAACUCUCUAAUCUUUUCCAGUCCUAGUCCAAAAGUCCCAAAAGCCUCCUCACUACCUUCCCUCUACAUCUAUUUAUACUAUAAUACUGCCUAAGCCCUUAUUACAACUAUUAUUAUGAUUCUUUCUAUUAUUAAUCUAAUAGGUAGGUCCCUAUCAAAAAUACAUUUUCCAAUUUGGGUUGAACGCUUGAAUAAAAAAAUGUGGUUUCUACAUUUUCUUAUAUUUUAAAUUUUUAAUAUAAGAAGACACCUUAUAUUAAUAUAAGAAGAUAAACUUAUAUGAGCAUAAAUGAAUAUAAUAAGUUUAACUCAUUAUAAAAAUCAUACUCCCUCCGUCCCGUAAAGAAGUUCUCGUUCGGUUUACGAUGCUUGACCGACGAUAAAGCAACUCGAUCCCUGUUCGCACUUGGAUUACUUUUAGAAAUAAAAUUUACAUAUUCAGAAACUACAUUAAAAUCGCUACAAAGCCUGAUCAAGAAAAUUUAAAUUUGAUAAAAAUUGAUAUAUAUAUAAAGUAAAAGAUUCGGAGUGAUUUAAGUUGACCAAUGGAUAGUAAAUGGGAACUUCAUUUCGGGACGGAGAUAGUAUUUUAAAGAAAAGUGAGUUUAUGUAGUUGAUAUUGAAUUGAUAAAGUAAGAAUAAAAUAAGAAUGAUUUAGAACCACACAAAUGAUUUAGAACCGUAAUGAGCAUAAAAGAUGAAAUUGCGACUUUGUCACAUUUGAUUAAUGUUAUUAUGUUCAAUUCUUACGCCCUAGUAGGCAUGGACCCAUUUUGGCGGUACGGUCCGGUACGGAACCAGGUCCGGCACUAUGCGGGACCGGAAUGGUCCAUUUUUACGGUUCUGGGCAAAGACUGGGUACCCAACCGGGUGUAUAGGGUACCCGGUCUCGGUUUAACGAUUUGGGGACCGAACCGGUCCCGACCGGUAAUUGUUUUUAGGCUUGGAACCAGGAAAAACAUUUAAAAAAAUGAAACCGAGACCAGACCGCCCGGUACCUAGAACCGGCCCAGACCUGGAAUUAUACAGGUCAGACCAGGGCUUGACCAUUUUUGUGCAGGGACCGGGACUGGACCGACCCAAUCCAUGCCUAUGCCCUAUUGAGCAUAAAGGUAGAAAAAAUCGUAAAUUUUAUUACUCCAUUCAUUCCUUAAAAUUUUGCCAACUUUCCUUUUUUUGUUGUCCUACUAAUUUUGCCACUUUCCCUCUAAAGUAAAGAAUUUGUGGUUCCCGUUAAAUCUCUCUGCUCUGCACAAACCCCAACCACACAAUUUUUACUUUAUUAUUCCCUGUGCUGGUCAAACUUGGCAAAAUUUUAAGCUACACCUCUCUUCCAUGUUUCCUACUAUACCUAUCUUUUGCCAACAACUCAAUUUAUUGCUUCCUCGUGUGCUUUUUCUUUUGCCCCCCCCCCCCCCCCCCCCCCCCCCUUUGUGGGUUUCUCAUGAACCUUUGCUUUUACAUUGUGUGGUCUUAAAGCCUGUUUUUUUCUUUUCUUUGCGUUUCACAUGGGAAGUAGUGUGCUCUAUUCUAUCUGAAUUUUCAGUCAUCUCUUUUGCACUUGAUGUAAUUGGUGAGUUUUAUGAGUUUUUCUUUAUACAUACACGCACAUAAUUGGAAGAGAAUAGCACUUUCUUUCAUGUAUCUUGACACAAAGGUUUUUUUCGUUAUGAAUUUGUUCUGUUUUGCACAAAAAAACGAGCUUUCAUGUCUUUCUUUCUGCAUGUGUCUUUUAGUUAUCUAAAAUCAGGGUAUGAUGUGUAAAUAAAAUAAGUUAAAUCUUUGAUAAUUUGGGGAGCUCGUUAGAUAUGGAAGUAAAUAGUUCUUUUGCUUCUUGAAAGGGGUUUUGGCUCACCAUUAAUUGGUAAACUUCUGCUUAAUAUAAUUUGCUGUUUGCUUUCCAGAUCUGUAGUUUGAAGUUUUUUUAAAUAUAUAUCUACUCUGGCCAAUCUGCAAUCUAAUCAGGUUGAAAUUCAAAUAUGGUCUCUCACCGUAUCAUAACCAAGUAGAUGGUGGAGCUGUGUGUGUAAUCCUUUUCGACACAGCCAUCUCUAUAUCCACCGUCAAAGAAUUGGCCCAAUCAAUCCUCAAUGUUAUAGGCAUUCAUAUAGAAGCACCAUGGGAAGAGUACCUCAUCACCACCAUGGAAGACACAAUUGUAGAAUCUCGGGGUUCUCCCCUGGAGUCCUACAUGGAAGAAUUCUGGAGCCAAACCCCAACAAUCUGUUAUGACUCGUUUUGCAUUUCGGGUGCAGAAGAAGAAAAACCUGGUUGCUGCUGUUGUGUGUGCUUUGCUGAGUUUGAACCGGACUCUGAGAUAAACCGGUUAUCGUGCGAGCACAUUUUCCACAGGUUGUGUCUUGUGAAGUGGCUCAAGUGUUGGAGCGUCACUUGCCCACUCUGUAGGAACUCUGUCAUGCCGCUUCACGGAUGCGAUGAAGAAGACGUGGGGACUUGUCUGAUGUGAGCAGUUUAUGGAAGUCAUUAUGUACAGCCUAGCGGUUUAGAUGGAUGAUACAAGGUGAUGUUUUCUAAAGAAGGAAUCGUUCUCCCAACCAUUAGGAUGAUGCUGACAUAUGCCUUUACGGGUGGUAGAUUUGAAUAUGUAGGACAUCUCUCUAUUAGGGGAAGACGAUUGUUUCGUUUGAAAGAAAAACAUGCAUGAGUGUGAUUAACCUCUAACCUAUCACCAGAUCAUAUAUGUCAUUCUGGCAAAUGUUUGCGUCCUUUUGGAGUGAUGGGUCAUCAUAACUCACAUAUACUCCGUACAUUUUUUUGUCAUCAUCUUCAUCAUCAUCAUCAGUACUUUAAUCCCAACUAGUUUGGAUCGGUG